CACGAGCUGAUUGAGGGUUAAGAGCGAGACAGACGCGUGCCUUUAACUUCAACACAAACUAUCUGCAGGAUUCUGCAAAACCUCAAGCAUCUCCCAACCCACCAAUAAGGUUAUCAACAAUGGAGACCGUAUACUCCGACAUGGAAACCUCAAGCUGUGACUACUCAUUUUCGCAUACGGAUGAUGAGGACUCGCGCAGCAGCCUCCACCCCGCGUCCCCCGCGUCCUCCUGCGGAAAACCACCUGCAUCUCCAGCCGAGCUCCAGCAGAAGAAGAGGCGCAGGGGGCGCGCGAGGAACGAAACCACUGUGCACGUCGUGAAGAAGAACCGCAGGCUGAAGGCCAACGACCGCGAGAGGAACAGGAUGCACAACCUUAACGACGCCUUGGAUGCUUUGAGAAGCGUCCUGCCUGCGUUUCCCGAUGACACAAAGCUGACCAAAAUCGAGACUCUGCGCUUCGCUCACAACUACAUCUGGGCACUUUCGGAGACCAUCCGGAUCGCAGACCAGAAGCAGGGCAAGUCAAGAGACGCUCCGCUGCUGCUCCCCGGACUAAGCUGCAUGGCAGAUGCACCCAGCCCCGGUAGUGACUCUUGCUCCUGGCCGUCCGGCGCAUCCUCCUCGUCUUCAUCCCCGUCUUACUGCAACUCAGACCCGGGCAGCCCCGCAGCCAUGGACGAUUUUGGAUACUUGCAAACCGACGUAGUGUACAGCUACCGCAACUUCGUGCCUAGCAUCUAUUAAUGUGACUUUCAGCGUUCUCAUGUCGGUAUAGAAUCCGCAGAAGUGUGUAGUAGUGUAAGAUCACUGUUACUUUUCUAUUAGAACCAAGAGCACAACGUUAGGUAUUCACUGUUUGCCUUAAUGACAGUUUGCAAAUGAGAAUGUUUUAUUUUUGUACGUUUUGAUAUUGAUGUUGAUGCUUUUUUCCAAUACCUUUGCACUUUUUGCAUUCCUUGGAGCGUGACCAGAACCCCCAACAUAGAGAUAAUUAUAAUUUAAAAAGCAAGGCAGAUUGGCCUUUGCUGUCCAAGGUGAAAAGUCAAUAUUACAAUUUGUAGAGCGAUAAAGCUGAAAAACGAGCGUGAAAAAUCAGUUUCAACGCUGUGACAAUAGACUGAAAGGACAAGACAAAGAUCUGGCCUUAUGCAUUAUGUAUUUUGACCCGAAGAACCCUCAUCUGUCCGACUGAUCCGUACAGUUAACCAGCGCUCAUGACGGCUUUCCCACCACUUUUCUUUUUGUUUUAUUUAUUCAACCUGUUGCUUCCUUAUGCUAUUGUAUUUUAUUGUAUAUAAAGAGAUUUAUUCUAUUAUGUAUUUACCUCAGAAUAUAAAUC